UCACCCUAGGUGAAGAUGAUGGGGUUGCUGGUCCUGAUCGAUGGUCAUUAGGGUGCUCUGCCAUGGAGAUUCUGACUAAAAAACUAUCAUCCUGCCUUAGGGAGAAACUUUCCAGUUCUUAUAUCUUAGAGUACAGAAACCGGCAAGUGUCCCAGAGGAAUUAAAACUUAGAAGGUAGAAAUAAUGUUAAUCAAUGAUCACAAGACAUAUCUGGCAGAAAAGCAUUGGAGGAAAAGACAGAGAACAGCAGAGAUACAACAUGAUGCCCAGAUUCAACCCCAAAUGAAAUCAGUUCAAAAAGAGCAACAGAAAACAGUGGUACAACCCUGAAUUUUUGGAGGAAACGAUUUUUAGGAAAAAGUUGAUCAAGAAUGGCGUUAGCGGAUAAGAGACUUGAAAAUUUGCAGAUAUAUAAAGUUCUUCAAUGUGUUCGUGAAGGAAAUAAGAAGCAGAUAGAGAAACUGACCAAAAUGGGAUACCCUGAACUUAUUAAUUUCACUGAGCCCACUAAUGGUGUUAGUGCUCUUCAUUUGGCUUCUGUCUCAAAUGAUGUUGAGAUGGUUAGCUUUCUUCUUCAGCUAGGAGCUCAUCCUGAUGUGCAAGACCGAAAGGGAUGUACUCCAACGAUGAGAGCUGCAGAGUUGGGCCAUGACUUAACUAUGGAAAAAUUGGCUGCAGCAGAAGCAGAUAUGACCAUUGUUGAUAAUGAAGGAAAAGGGAUUCUGUUUUACUGCUUAUUGCCCACCAAAAGACACUAUCGCUGUGUUCUGAUUGCCCUGGAAAAUGGGGCAGAUGUUAACAAUUGUACAUUUGACGGAACGCCAGUAUUUCUUAAAGCUUGUGAAGAAGCACAUCAAAUUAAAGACGUGUGUAUGAGACUUUUGGAAAAAGGAGCCAAUCCAAAUGCAAUCAAUUCGUCAACAGGUCGAACUGCAUUAAUGGAAGCUGCAAGAGAAGGAGAGAUAGAUGUGGUUCGAGGUAUACUUGAAAGAGGAGGAGAUGUUAAUGCUUAUGACAAUGAGAGGCAACAUGCUUCACAUUUUGCUGCCAAAGGAGGCUUUUUUGAAAUCCUGAAGCUUAUUUCUGCUUAUAAUGGAGAUUUGGGAAUUAUUGCAAUGAAUGGAAAUACACCACUCCAUUAUGCUGCCAUGGGUGGUUAUGCAGACUGCUGUAAAUUUAUAACUCAACGAGGAUGUGAACUAACAUGGAAGAAUUUAGAUCACAAGACACCAAGAAAUGUUGCUAAGGACGGUGGCUUCAAGGCAGCAUCUAAAGAAAUACGCAGAGCUGAACGAAUUGCCAAAAAGCUAGCCAGGCCUGGAGUGAAAAAUCCAAAUCCCCCCUGGGCUGUUAGAUUACAUGACUGGUCUGAUGAACAUGAAAAAGAAUUGCGAGAGAUCUUUGCUCCUCUGGACCGUGGCAAUGGAACUAUAACUAAAGAGGACUUUGUGAUUAUGCUUGAGGAUAUGCAAAACAUAGCAACCAGUGAAGAAUUAGCAAUUGUUGCUCAGCAACAUGAAAAGACCCGAGGAGCAGGUGUUAACAUUAAUGAAUUCUUUAAAGGGACUAGAUAUUUGCAAAAGUCCUUUGUACUGGGAUCCUAUGGACCCAAGAAAAAGAAGAAGGGAAGGGGCAAGAAGGCAAAGAAAGGCAAAUUUGUUCUUCCUCUUCCAGUCCCUUAUAUUCCUGAAAAUGUAUUUCCACACCGAAAGGAGGGCGGGCCUCCUUAUUAUAUGAUUGAAACUUACCAAAACGUUACAGACUGCAAUAGAUUUAAUCGAGAUCUUCCACCUAGACAUCCCAUUCAGGAUGAUUCUAACUGGUAUAUUGAUGACCCUGGAAAAGUAUACUGCGAUAUUAAUUACAUCACUAAAGCUGGAGAUCUGGCAUCCCUGAAAAAAGCAUUUGAAGCAGGAAUACCAGUAGAUAUGAAGGACAAAUUUCAUAGAACUCCAUUAAUGGCCGCAUGUGAAUGUGGAAACAUAGAUGCUGUGAAAUUUCUUCUUGAAAGGGGGGCCAAUGUUAAUGAAACAGAUAAUUUCCUGUGGACUCCACUCCAUCAUGCAUGCCAUGCAGGUCACCAGGAUAUUGUUGAACUUCUUGUUAAGAAUGGAGCUAUAAUAGAUGCACCUUCAAUCAACAAUUCAACACCUUUAAUGAGAGCCAUUGAAAGCUGUAGACUGGACACUGUACGAUACUUAAUAGAAUUAGGUGCUAACAUUGAGGCUAAAAAUAGAAAAGGACAGGAUGUUUUGGAUAUUGCUAAAGCCUUUGCUGAUACCAGAAUAAUUAAUUAUAUUCAAGAAAAGAUAGACCGUUUGCCAAAAGCAGUAGAAACGAAAGGAAAGAUUAUAAAGCCACUUCCUAAAACAAAGCUAGCUCCAAAGGGUGCAGGUCCAACUGAAAUUUCAAAAGAAGAGGAAUCACUUCCACCAGUUUAUAAUAUCCCACAUAUAAAGGAAGUAAAAGCACCUGUUAAGGAUAAUGUUGUUCAUCUCAAUAACCUGAUUACCAGUGGAGUUACAAAGAAAGUUAACAUCACAUUCGUACCACGGAGACUCUGGAGCCCUGAAGCUUCAACUGCAGAAUUAGUCAAGAAAAGAGAAAUGCGACGUGAGCGUUAUGGUUAUGAGGUGGACUUUGAAGACUUCAUGAUGCCAUUUCAAAAGAAUAUCACUGAAAAAGCUCAAGCUCUCGAAGCCUCCAUGGCUUCCUAAAGUAUUUCAAGUCUGUCUUUGGUAAAUGCCUUAUAUAGCACUGAUGUAAAUUUAGAGGAGUUAGAUGUUUCUGCAAAGCUAAAUCAUGUCAUUUUAAUUUUAUACUUCAGAUUACAAAUGAGAGCCAACAUCCUUAAACACAGCCAUAAAUAUUCUGUACCAUAGAAGAA